GGGAGGAAAAUCCCCUUUUUUCCGCUUUCGGAAUUCUGUGCUUUAGGGUUUUCAGAUUCGUCUGUUUCUGCAAAUACUUUUGGUGCUUGUUUAUUUUCAAUGGGAAAAUCGAAUUUUGUGGAGAAGGGGUUGUGGAAGUCUGUGUAUGAAUUACCGAAUUUUCAAAAUUGGGGAUAGCGAUAGGGAAUUUGAUGGAUAGGGAGGGUUUUGUUUUACUUUUUUUUUCGGAUUGCGUUUUUUGAUGUAUAUUUUUGUGAAACUGUUAUUAUUGAUCGUUGUUUACUAAUUUGAUCUUUUUUGGCUUUAUUUUAUUGUGUUUUUUUACCCCUUUCUCUGUUAUUUGUUAAGGUGAGGGAAAUGAGGGAGAACAGGGUUCUUGAACCCUAUUACGAUUGGAUAUGAUAUUAUUUUUUUUUAAUUUUAUUUAAUUAGGUCAAUCGUGUGGAUCCCGCUGAAAAAACACAAGGUUGGAUCAAUCAAGUUUAGGCUUUUUUUGGAUGGUUUAAAGUGUUAUUCAAUGUCUUCUGGUUGUUUCUGAAAGAAAAGCAAGAAAUUUGCAUAAUGAAUGAACUUCCAUUAAAAUCAAAUGUUUAACAAACUGCUACUACGUGGUGGCAAGAGCGUAUACGAGUCAUGUUGGUCGAUUAGGCUCAAUAGUGUUCUGUUAGCAAGAUCUGGGAUGUCUACUACUGUUGCUGGCACUGUUUUUGCAUAAUCCUUGAAGAUGUUACUGUUAUCAUCAAACAAACUUCAACAUUUUACUUGAAAUUUGAUAUUUGUUUCCAUAGUUUUUCUGUCAAAUGCGAGUACGUGUUUGCUUAGUUCUUCUAAAUGUGUCAUGCCAUCUCUUCUUGGUAAACAAAUCAAGUAUUUUACUGUGAUCCUGUUCUUUUGUGCCGUACUAUUCAAGUAUUUUGCUACCUCGCAGCUUUUAGUUUUUAGCUCAGUGCAUAUAAAGUAUUGUAAUGUGAUGCUGCUUGUUUUUUUUUUUUGGUCGUGAGUAUACUACUGUAUGUAGCAUUGCAACUGUCCGAUUUAUGCUUUUUGCAAAUCCGAAAGAGCAAGUAUUGGUUAUGAAGAACGGAAAUGAAUGCGAGUACCGCCAUAGUGAGUAUGCACGCGUUAAUCCUAGGGAUUGUCGUUAUUGGUUGAGUGGCAAUUGUUUGAAUCCCAAAUGUUCAUUUCGUCAUCCGCCUCUUGAUGGCUUGUUAGGAACUCAGGCAGCAACAGCUGGUGGACCAUCGGUAUCUGCACCCCCAUCACAGAUUCCAACAGCAUCUGCAACACAUUCACCUUAUAAUUCCACUAAACAAGCUGUCCCUUGCUUUUUCUUCCAAAAGGGGCUUUGCUUAAAAGGUGACAGGUGUGCCUUUAUGCAUGGACCUCCUGCUCCUAGCACUGGUAAUAAAGUAGCUGCUCAGGUUCCAGUUACCAGCCAAGGAGCCGAGAAUCCAGGUUUUAAGAAGCCUUUUGGAACCAAUGAAAAGUAUACUCAGGAAAGGAAAACUUCCCAAGGAAAUGUUGCAAAGUCAGGUGGUGGACCUGAACCUAAACCUGCCCCAAAAAUUGAAUCUGCUCCUAAAAGAAAUAUGUUUGAAUUGGAGAAGGAAAUGGUACCACCCUCUGUAGGAUUUGAUAGUGAGGCUUCUAGAUUUAAGACCAGUUCUCCACCAGUAACCAAUGGCCCUACUGUAGUCCGGUCAAACCGUCUGCAUCAAGCUCGCGUGCCAGAUGAUCACAAUUUCCACAGUGGUAAGGACAGUGACGAAUUUCUCAGAGAAUCGUCUCCUGGGUUUGAUGUCCUCGUAGCUGAUGAACUUAGGAAUUCUGAUUACUACCAUGGGGAAGACGAAUUUGGUAAAGCAAGAGGUCCAGAUGAAAGGAACUUAGACUCUUUGAAUGAAUAUGAUUUAGGGCAUUCUGGUGAAUAUGGUUUAGCAGCUGAUAUUGAUCGGGAAAGAUUUCGUGUGUCCCAAGGUUAUGAGUCAUAUGAUCACAUGCAGGAACCAUAUGUUUGGGAGCAGCACAGGAAGGCUUCAGCCCAUUUAGACAGAAGGACUCGCCGCAGAUCUGGCAGUCCUGAAAAUGCUGAGGUCUCAGAUCUCCGACAUCAAUUAUCCAAGCGCAGAAAGGGCAAUGGUUUGAAAUCUGUUGUCAGUCAUGAUUAUGCCCUUGAGGGUCAUGGUGAAGAACAAAGUCAUCGAUCUUUCUCUAGGAAGGACUCACUCCAGUUACCUCUGAAUGAGAGCUCCCUCGGUAAUCGCUUCCGUGGCAGAAUAAAACUUCCAACAAAUGGUGGUGCUGAUCAGCUAGAGAGGGAUGACAGAGGGAGAGUUAGAGGCAGGUUGUUGUCUGGAAGGUUGCAAGCCACUCAGCAGGGAAGGGUCCAUGAUAGAAUGCGAGGAAGGUUGCAAGAUGAUGAGAGGAGAAACUCGAAGGAACGAAUAAUGGGGAGAGAAGUGAUAGGUGGUGGUAGGAGUGAUUUUGCUGGGCCAAAAAGUCUGGCAGAGCUUAAAAAUGGGAGGAACCCUGAAAAUAGGGAGCCACAACCCCUGCGAAGGAGAGGAACUUUAAGAGAUGAUCACCCACAAUCUGAAGAUGAUCUUCAGUUUGAUGGUCCAAAGCCUCUCAGUGAAAUUUUGAAGGAGAAGAAAAGAGGAGGAGCUGGAGGCAGAGGUGAUGCAGACUCGGGCAAUGGCAAGUCAUCUGGUAUUAAAAAUGAAAAAGUUAUCAAUGGCUCAGAUCCUACCCCAGUCACUAACACACAAAACGGUGUGCUGUCUGAGACCAAGGAAUACGUCAACAAUCAAAAUAACGAAGAGUCCAAGGUUGAGAUCACUGAUGCAGUUGGAGGAGAGACUGAUGCAACUGAUGGUCAAUACGAGGAGGGAAUGUACGAUGAAGCUGGUGAAGAUCAGUAUUACGAAGGUGAUGAUCAGAGAGAAGGAGAUUAUGAGUAUGAACAAGGUGAUGAGGGUUACUACGAGUAUGAACAAGGUGAAGAGGGUGAAAAUCAGGAGGAAGAGUACAUUGAAGAAGAAGAUGGAGAUGAUUUUGCUAAGAAGAUUGGUGUCAUUCAUUCAUAAUUAUGGAAAAUCUGUGAAACAAGGGAACGUGUCCUACUCUCUGACUGGGCAGCAUUUCUGCUUAAAAUUUGGUUGUAGAACUCAGAACAGCUAUCACUAUCAGUUUGUUUUCUUGUAUUAAUUAGUCCUUUUUUCUUUUACUGUAUUUUCAUCAAAUUUAAUGGAUAUUUUUAUGUGAUCAGUGGGGCAUUUUGCUGUGCUCUCCGCAUAUAAAUCUCAUGCAGAGUGGUGCAGGCCUUUAACCUUAGAAAGUUAAUAACAUUUGCAUUCACGUGCUA